AUGUCCAUAAUGGAAGGAGCGGAGCGUAGUGGGGUGUGGCCGGUCGUGGUGACGGAACGCCACCAGUAUAUGGUUCUCGACAUGCGGAGUCGAACGACCGAGCUCGAUCAGGGUUCUAUUAAGUUCGAUCAAGUUUCAGAAGGGGAGGCGUCUCGGAGGGUGACGUCUUCGAGGCACUUCAUGUGCAAGGUGCGCGCACACCUUGGUCGUUGCUGUCUUUUCCCGCAUUGGGUUGGAUUCGACGGCGUCGAGCACCGGAGAGGGUGGGGCAGCAGCGGGUGCUUCUUCGGGUGGCUCUCGUUGCCGCGUACUCCACGGGUGUUUCUCGACAGCGACGCUGAAUCAUUCUGCUCAAAACUGGCGGACAUGCUUACCUACAUGCGGCGGUUAGCUCUUCCACCUACCGCUCCGUCCGGACUUGCGCGAAUCUCUGUGACACCGGCGAGAAGGUUGGUGGUCUCUCAAACGAAGUGCACCUGCGGGGGUGAGCUCCUUCCCGAGGCCGACGUCAAUGCGACGCUUGUGACAGAGGUAGAGCGCCGGAAGUGCGGCACAUGUGGGGCGUGCGCGUGGGCAAGCGACAACUUGCGGAAGACGUCCGUUUUCAACCUCAAAAACUACUUUCUGGUGAAGCUCUCCCUUCUGUACAAGUGUUUCGGGCAGUUCAUCAGAGGGACAACGAUCCAGUCCUUUUUCUUCUCGCACGUGGAGCCUCUGACGACAAACGUCGGUUAG